AUGGCUCCAGUAAGCAUCACACCCCCGGACAAGUCCUUCCGCGUGCAUGCUUGGGGCCUGCUCGCGGGGAAAGUCGUGCUGUGCAUGGCGGCGCUCGCCGACGGGCACUACGUUGCAGUCAAGCUCGGCGCAUUCUUUGCAUUCGACAUGCCUGCGAUUGCGCUGUUCUUCAUCAUCGCACAUCGCAACAUUAGCUUCGAGCGGGGCGUCGCCUUGCGCUACACAUUGCCAACCGAAGAGUUCCGCAGCAUGAUCCGAUUCCGGCCCAUUCUCGAUGCCGAUGGCGUGAAAUCUCAUCUCACAGGCCUCUUCGGUAACCUUCCUGGAUUGGCAGCGGCACUCAUGGCAUUCGGUCCAUACCACCCGGCCCUCGCAGCCGCAAUCUGGGUGCUCAUAGUCUUUACUGCACUUAUCACCUUGUAUACCUCGCUGAACAUGGCUCUGGCGCUGAAAGCUGGUCACAGGGCUGCCAGGCUGGCGAAAACCGAGGAUCCCCCGCUUUCGACAAGGUGCUACCCAUGUCACUGGACCUGUCUCGGAAGCAGCAGUGUUAGGAAGGAGGAGGUCUGGGCCAGGAAAGCCGCACCUGGGGCGGAAAAGGACCAAGGCGCUGUUUACGAGCUAGCGGUGCGAUACAGAAAGGACCACUUCAGGUACAGGGCCGACAGGGCACUCGUACCCAUCAGGAAGCCGCUACGCAUUGUCAUGUAA